UUGCCGCUUUGCCCUCCCCGUCGCGAGCAAUCAGGAUCAAACUAUCACCCAGACCAACAACAAUGGCCAACGUUCCCGAGGUGCAGCAGCUCGAGCAGAGCGUCAACGAUGCCGUGGAGAAGCUCGAAGUUCAGUCUCGCGAAGUCAUGCGCAAGGAGUUUGAGUGCAGCGCUCGCUGUGCCAGCAACACGUCGCUCAAGACGGCUGAUUACCAUCAGUGCCUGACCAGCUGUGGUCAGGGCACUCAGGCCGUCGCCGUGACCAUCCAGAAUGAGCUCAACUCCCUGCAGAACCAAUUUAUCACAUGCAUCAACUCCUGCGCCAACGCGGGCAAUCAGGCUGAAUGCCAGGCCCAGUGCGCCAAGGACAGCAUGACCACCAUUCCGGCAUUUGUGCAGCGCGUGCAGGCCGUCAUCUCAAAAUACAACUAGAAGCUGGCAAGGAGCAUCAGACCUGCCCCCCCCCGCCCAGCCUUUCUCCAGAGCUCACUCAUGAGGAACAAGUUGAUGUCCAAAAGAGCCAUUGCGCUAACGCUCUCGCGUCCAGCCUUUUUUUUUUUUCACCUUCCCUUGGCCCUUCAUGCGGGCCUUGAGCUUCCACCCAGGGUUUCCUGCCUUUGUUCUUUUGGUGCCUCCCAUCCCCAUCCUGUGUCUGUGACCGAAUUGAGCUCCCGAGAAUACCCG